AUUUACGCCAACCCCAGAAGCCCCAUGCCACUGGUCGUCGCAGCAGCGAUCAAUGCGCAUUUGGUUUGUAUUUUAUGCCAAGGGUACUUUCGCGACGCCCACACAUUGCCUGAGUGCCUCCAUUCCUUUUGCAAGAGCUGCAUCUUUCGCCACUUCCACCUUGGGUGUCGAACGUGCCCGAAGUGUCACGCAGACCUUGGGGUGUCACCGAAAUGCAUAUUUGAUCGUACGUUGCACGAAAUUGUCGACAAGCUGUUUCCCACCCUCAAAGACACGGACGCAGCCCUCGAAGCGGAAUUUUACGCCUCUCACGGGUUUCAAAAGAGGGUGCUGCCAGUGAGCCCCCCUCCCGACAAAUCAGCUCCACCAGUGGAAUAUCCAGUCGUGUCGUUUCGGCUAGCUCCAGACACGACUGUGGAUGCAGCCUACCAGUUGGCCAGUUUGCACCAGCCUCAACUCGCUUUGGCUGGGCACAACAAGGUGCACGACGUGGUCAAGGUCCUGGCAGACCAAUUGCGCGAGCGUGAUAUCGAAGUGCUUUGUGACGGCACGGUCUUGACAUAUGAUAUGGCAAUUCAUUCGGUGAAGAGUUCCCUGUGGAAAACCAACGCCAAGAUGAUAUGGCAUUACCGUAAACCCCACAAAGACAUCGCCUAAUAUAGAA